UACACCGCACUUGUCAUAUAAAGAGGCUGCUCCUCUCGAGCAUUGGAUUCUUUGAAUAUCGUCUGAACUCACAAUUUUCUACUGUACCACAAUAGUGCCAAUCAUCCAAUACUCUUCUCUCACUUCACGUUAUUCACAGUAUCCAUAAUGUUUGAAUCAUCAAGCAUCACAAUGGCAUCUCCUUCGCAAUCUCUAGCCUCGGACUCGACAACCUCAACUACUCGACGACCAAGCUUGAGCGCAUUCAGAUAUCCCACAGCACCGGAAGCACCGACGCAAACAGAUUCUUCUUCCUCCACGGCACAGAUCUCGUGCGCUUACAGGAGGCGUUAUGCUUCGUACUUGGCAGCGUCAUUUGGCAUAAGUUUUGAGGCUGCGCUCGCGGAUACAGACGCGCAACUUGCUCCUCGGAGGCCUUCAUAUGUAUCAGAGUCGGAGGUUGAUCGAAGGGAAUAAGCGUGUUUAAUCAAAUGGCAUUUGGGUCAGAACUUGGAAGGGGGGCGUUUCGGAACAGGAGUUAUGGCCAGCUUGGCCAAGUUCAUUGGCGUCAUUGGUGAUUAAUGGCAGUUGUGUUUUCACACCGGCUACCUCGUAAUGCUCGAGAUGUGUUAUUGAGUGGUUGUGAUACUUGUUUCAUUGCAUACAAACAAGUUUUCUGAUUGUCAUCGCAAACAUCAAUUACCUACUGCUAGUAUGGAGAUUUUGUGAUUUCGUGAUGUAACCU